UGUGUGGGUGGCUGUGUGUCUGAGCAUUCGUUUAUAGGCGCCUUCAGGCCUGGUGGGUGUGGCCCUGCUAGGGGACUGGCCACACCCGAAGCCACACACCUGCUGCUGAUCAGGCCUCGUCGGGGGAGCUACUUAAGAGAGUCUUGGAGCUCCCACCGACGCGGGAUCAUUGUGUGAGACUCCAUGAGGAGCGUGGAAGGUCUGAGGAGCAGCGAGCACUGGGAGUGCAGACACGGGAGCAGAGAGCACUAGGAGAACACGACACGGGAGUCUGGGGAAAACACGGGGAUUUAUUGUUGUUAUUUCCACCACUGUAAAUAAACGCACUGUUUAUACACAGAGCACCGCGCCUGGGUCCUCCUCAUUCCCUACACCCCCACGGUCCGCCAUGCCAUACCGUGACAGAAUGAUCCCGCCAGACAUGGACCCAGCGGUCUCUGAGGAGAGGCUCAGGAGGGAGGUAUCGGACAAAGUUUACAGACUCUGUGAGUUAUGGUGGGAGAAGGAGGGGUUGCGUCGCGCCGUGGAGAAGCGGCUGCAGGAGACGCUGUUUAAAUUCCCCUGGCUGGUGGACUCCCUAAAUUCAGUAGUCCUGGACUUCUUGCUCGCAACCCUCCACCUCCACUCUCCUCCUCAGGCUGCUCACCGGCUCGGACAGCUGGUGGAUUCGCAGCCUGACACGCCGGCCCCGACGUCUACACGGAAUCGACGUUCGCGCCGUCGGCGUUCCUCACCGCAGCCUAAUCCACGGACAUCUCAAGAGCCGGCUGUGGUGAGUAGUACGGACAACUUUCCAUUUCCCUCACCAUCAGUGUUUGUGUCUGCAGUGGAUGAGCCGUCAGCGCAGGUAACAUCGCCUCGGUCAGUGGUCUCCACACCACUCGCUGCUUCACCAUCUGCAGCUGUAGGACCGCCGUCGUCUCAUCUGCCUGCAGCCACCACUCCGCCAUCUUCUUCACCGGCUGCUACGUCGCCACCCGGACCUGCGCUGCCCGAGCAGGAGCUCAGCGUGCCAGAGGAGCUCGCGCUGCCCGAGCAGGAGCUCAGCAUGCCGGAGCAGGAACUCAGAGAGCGGGAGAAGCCCGCGCCGCUGGCUGCGGAGCCCUGCGAGCCGGAGCAGCUCAGCGAGCCGGAGCCGCCCGAGCAGGAGCUCAGCGAGCCGGAGCAGCUCAGCGAGCCGGAGCCGCCCGAGCAGGAGCUCAGCGAGCCGGAGCAGCCCAGCGAGCCGGAGCCGCCCGAGCAGCAGCUCAGCGAGCCGCCAGCUGACGAGCCGCCAGCUGAGGAGCAGGAGCAGCUCAGCGAGCCGCCGGCUGGGGAGCCGCCAGCUGAGGAGCAGGAGCAGCUCAGCGAGCCGCCAGCUGAGGAGCAGGAGCCGGAGCUCAGCGAGCCGGAGGAGCCAGCGCCGCUGCCGGAGGAGCUCAGCGAGCCGGAGGAGCCACUCAGCGAGCCGGAGGAGCCAGCGCCGCUGCCGGAGGAGCUCAGCGUGCCGGAGAAGCCAGCGCCGCUGCCGGAGGAGCUCAGCGUGCCGGAGGAGCCAGCGCCGCUGCCGGAGGAGCUCAGCGUGCCGGAGAAGCCAGCGCCGCUGCCGGAGGAGCUCAGCGAGCCCGAGCUGGAGCUCGGCGUGCGGAAGGAGCAAGAGGAGCCGGAGCAUGAGCAGCUCGGCGAGUGGGAGAUCGGCGAGCGGGAGGAGCUCAGCGAGCCUGUCAAGCCCAAGCUGCCACCGGAGGAGCUCGGAGGUCCGGAGGGAUCCGCUCAACCGGGACUGGAGCGCGCCCUCUACGCCAUCGACGUCCAGCGCGUCCACGUCAGCGACCAGCGCUUCAUAGGCUACGGGCCACCCCUCGCUGUUGCUCAUCGGAGCAACGCCGCCGCCGUCACUGGACCCGGGGCAAGCCGCCGGAACCGUUUUGCCGCUGCUACCGGACCUGUGGCAGGCCACCGGAGCUGCAGAUCCGCCGCCACUGGAUCAGUGGCAGGCCCCCAGAACCGUUUUGCUGCUGCUGCCGGACCCAUGGCCGUCCGCCGGAGCUGCAACGUUGCCGCCAUUGGACUCGAGGUAGGCCUCCUGAACUCUUUUGUUGUACUGAUGGGCCGCCUGAGACUGUUUUGUGGCGUUUUUCUUUUUUUUUUGCACCGCUGCGGGAUGCGCGGUCUGACUUUGGGACUGUGA